AUGCAUUUGCGCCUGCGAACCUCCGAGGGGAGACCCGGAUCCAAAGGCGAGCCCUGCGCGGGCGACCGGGCCGGCGUGGGAACCGGGAAUUCGGCCCCCGCGGGCCUCCAGCUGGUGGCCGACCUGGGGCUCAGCCCUGCGUCCCCGGACGGGCACUGCCCAAGUUCCCCGGGACCGGAAGAAGUGGAGAGCCGGACCGCCGGAAACCGUCCUGCCUCCAUCGGCCGCUGCCCCCCAGCGCGCUCCCCUCGAGUCCUCCCCUCGCUACCGACUUCAGCGUCUGCACCGCACCUCCCCACGUGCCAAGACCUGACCCCUACAACCGCGCAGCUGCACGCGCGCGCCCUACCUUUCUGCACCUGUCACCUCAGACACCAAUUUCAUUCCUUUUUCUCACUCUGUCUCCCCACUAACAUAAGCUCCAUCCGGGGCUCCCGGUCCCGAGCCCUCCCAGACAGGGCCCUGGUCAACUGUCAGUACAGCUCUGCAACCUUCAGCACCGGUGAGCGCAAGCGGCGGCCGCAUGGGGACCGGAAGUCCUGCGAGAUGGGUCUGCAGUUGCGUCAGACCUUCGAGGCAGCUAUCCUUACGCAGCUGCACCCACGCUCCCAGAUUGACAUCUAUGUGCAGGUGCUGCAGGCAGACGGUGGGACCUACGCCGCUUGUGUGAAUGCAGCCACGCUGGCCGUGCUGGAUGCGGGGAUACCAAUGCGGGACUUUGUGUGCGCCUGCUCAGCGGGCUUUGUGGACGGCACAGCCCUGGCGGACCUCAGCCACGUAGAGGAAGCAGCUGGCGGCCCCCAGCUGGCCCUGGCCCUGCUGCCAGCCUCGGGCCAGAUCGCACUGCUUGAGAUGGAUGCCAGGCUGCAUGAGGACCACCUGGAGCGGGUGCUGGAGGCCGCUGCCCGGGCUGCCCGAGAUGUGCACACCCUGUUGGACCGAGUGGUCCGGCAGCAUGUACGCGAGGCCUCUAUUUUGUUGGGGGACUGAGCAUCCUGCCACCUGUGCCCAGAAUAAAAUCCACACACCAUCCUUUGA